AUGCUGCGCGUUCUGUACUCGCGGGUGGGAACAUCUCUGUCGUGCUCGGCACCGCGGGCUCUGAGCGCCGCCGAGCACAUGGUUGCACGCGGCGUCCGUACCACGCCAGCGGCGGCGGCGGCCAAGGACGGCAGCAGCGGUGAGGCCAAGGAGCCGACACCAAGCGCGGAGACCUCGGGUGCCGGUCAGAACGAGGCUGCAACUGCUGCGGCCGCUGGAGCAACAGCUGCGGGCGAGGGCGAGGCGGCGGCGGCGGCGGCAGGCGAGGGCGAGGCGGCGGCGGCGGCGGCAGGCGAGAAGAAGCGGCCGUGGUGGAAGGGCCCCGAGAAGGACCCGUACGACCCGUUCGACACUGACUACUCGGCACCGAUGCCGCUACAGAACCCGCUCUCGACCGGGGCCCGGAUCUCGCUCGCGCUGCUGGGCCUGUUCUCGAUCGGGUCGUCGACGUACGUCCUCUCGACCUUUGACAUUCCCGAGGACCAUCCGCUGUAUGAGGGCAAGGACGCCGGGCUGGUAGCCAAGCUUGUGGCCAACUGCAAGUACAUGUACAACUCGAUUGCCGGCGAGUCGAACAAGCCGCUGCUCCCAGACCCGCUCCCGCCUCCGUUCUACAAGCCGUACACGCUCAUUGUGGGCCUCGACGAGGUGCUCAUCCACACCAAGUACGAUGCACGGACCGGGUUCCAGACGCUCAAGCGGCCGGGCAUGGACGCGUUCCUCCGCGAGGUCUCGUCGCUCUACGAAGUUGUGGUCUGGUCGGUCAAGUCGUUCAUUGUUUCGGGCCCGGUCCUCAGCUCGAUUGAUCCGUUUGAGAAGAUGUUUGCAUACAAGCUGUACCGGCCGUCGUGCAAGAGUAACGACGACGGGGCGCCGGUCAAGGACCUCACGCGGAUCAACCGCCCGCUUCACAGGGUCAUUUCCAUUGAGGCUGAUCCAAGCCGCGUCGCCUCGCACCCGGACAACGUUCUGCUCGUCCCGGCGUGGACAGGUGCGCCGGGCGACAAUGAGCUCGGCGCCCUGCUCCCCUUCCUCCGUGCCGUCGUCGCCGACAAGGUUGCCGACGUCCGCCUUCUCCUCAAGUUUUACGGCCAUGAAAACGUCGGUCGCAAGUUUGUGGCCCACAUGCGUGAGCGUCGCGCCCGUGCUGCGCUCGAGUCGUCGCAGCGCGAGGCUGCCCGUGAGCUGCUUGCCCAAGCGGAGGCUACCAAGCCCGACGCUGAGUAA